AUGUCUCUUGAGGUGAAAGAGAAAACACAGGUGCGUAUUGUAUUUUUGGGAGCUGCAGGUGUAGGCAAGACUGCUCUGAUCCGACGCUUCCUCCAAGGUACCUUUGAGCCAAAACACAGACGCACAGUGGAGGAGCUGCAUAGCAAGGAGCAUUACAUUGGUGGGGUAAAAAUGACCGUGGAGAUCUUGGACACCAGCGGCAGCUACUCAUUCCCUGCCAUGCGAAAGCUCUCCAUCCAAAACAGUGAUGCCUUUGCACUGGUGUACGCCGUGGAUAACCCCGAGUCGCUGAAUGCUGUCAAACGCCUCCGAGAUGAGAUUCUGGAGAUAAAGGAGGACAAGCAUGCACCGAUUGUGGUAGUGGGGAACAAGGUGGACCGAGACAAAGAGCGCCAGGUGUCUACCGAGGAUGUGCUCGCGACUGUGGAGAUGGACUGGAACAACAGGUACCUGGAAGCUUCUGCAAAGGAGAAUGUCAACGUCGUGGAGUUGUACACGGAGCUCCUGAGGCAGGUUAACCUGCCCAGUCGACUCAGCCCGGCACUACGCAGACGCAGGGAAACCUUUCCAAAAGAUACACAUUUCCGGCCACCCAUGAACAAGACAAACAGUUGUAUUCUAUCAUAA